AUAAUAUUUAAAUGGGGUCUUGAUAACAUGACGCUUCGCAUUAGGUUGCCGUGACAGGUGACCCUGAGAAGUCCGAAGCUAUGCCUAUUGAGCGAACAGACCAUACCAAAGCUUACGUAGUAUUUGUUACAUUAGAUCAGUAAUACAGGCCUGCAAAGUUUCACCGUCGCUAAAAAGCCGGGGCUUCCUCUAAGGCGAUACGCAACUUGGCAUUACCAACUUCGCUUAAUGCUCAACGAAACAACUUUCCAGGCUUUCAACCUAAUUGCGCAAGAAGUUUUACCUUCUCUUGCUCCAACACCUUUUGUAAGAGCCGCGGACCCAUAACUUGUAGGCUCGGAAGACCAUCGUAUACUGGUUAAUGCCAACUACAGCUAAUUGGGCUUGCACAAACAUUUAUUUUACAGCGCUCGCCUUACGGCCUCGCCUGCCCAAGCGACAUGGGCUCCAGCGCUGAAAUGCGCCAGAUACAGCCGCUCCGCAGGACAUCUUAGCAUCACAUAAGUCUCUGAGUCUAGGGUAACACUAGGUUAUGCAAGCAGAGGAGCCGGUUGAGGCCUUGCAGGCGGUGCCCCCAGCUGGGGUCCCGCAGGAGGCUGGGGCCACGGAGGAAGCUGGGACUGCUGAGCAACCUGCAGCUACUCCGGAUGCUGUGGUUGCUCGGGAUGAUGGGUUUCCCCCGGAGCCUGCAGCUGCAUUGGAUGCGGAACCUGGGCAGGCUGCAGCCGUGCCGGAGGCUGAAGCUACACCGGAGGCCGGAGCUGCUCAGGGAGCUGCAGCCGUGCAGGAGGCCUCUGGGACUGUGCAGGAUGCACCGCAGCCCAGGUCCACUGGCGGCCUGCAGCAGGCCCACAGCAGCGGCCUGCGGGUGACCAUGGCCAGCGACGCGGGCGCCGUGGAGGUGGUGGGCUCAUCCUCGGCCAUGUUGGGAGGGCCGCUGGCCACCACAACGGAAUCCUCGCUGGCGUCGGCGUACAGCAGCGCCGUACCCGGGGCCCUGUCUGUUAUAGCACCGCUGCUGUCGGCGGAGGAGCGUAGCUUGGUGGUGGAGGUGGAUGAGCGGAGCUCGGUUGCGGUGGGCGCGGGGGAGCGGAGUUCGCUGGCGGCAGCGCCCUCGGAGGGUCCGGCAGGCGGGGAGGGCAUCGCUGGCGGUGAAUCGUCUGCCGCAACUGCGGCUGCGGCGCCAACCGAGGGGGGCCCAAAGGCUGUUGCUGCGACCACUGGCGGCGCGGGGGUAGCGGCUGAGCGGCAGCAGGGGGAUAGCGGCGGCGCUCGGACGCAAAGAUCGGGGGGCGCUGCAGGGCCCUCGGCGCCAUUGCGAGCGCAGGUGCAGGUGGUGGAGGCGCCGUCGGGCACGGAUCGCCGGGCGUCAGAGCGAACCAUCAGCCCGCAGGUCCGCGUGGAGGGCUUCCCGCCCGCCUCCACCCACCGCCCUACCGCCACGCCCAGCUCCCGCAGCGGCAGCUCCUACAGCACCCGCCGACCCACACCCACGAUGCGACCCACGUCAGUUGAGGGGCAUGGCUACCGGCCUUUCGUCGUCAUGCCCGAGCUAGCAGUGGUCGGCGCGACGGCUGCCACGGCCAUCUCCGUUCCGUCGGCCUCCUCUAUUUCGGCGUCGCGGGCGCCGUCGGCGCAUGACGACGGAACCGCGGAUAGGUCUCCUGGCGGCUCUCCGCACUCAUCUCCCUCCCUGUCCUCGGAGGUGGUUAGGGGCAGCGCUCCGGGGCAAGUGUCCCCUCGGCGCGCGUCUGGGUCGCCACGGCAUGUGACGGGGUCCCCGCGCCAUGGGUCGCCCAAACACGUGCACCCGCACUUCCACAUCGGCACCCGCCCGGACUUGCGCCCCCUGUCCGCGGACAGCGAGUCCUCAGCCGUAGACAUGAGCCCUAACAUUCCAUCCGCGAACCGCAGCGGUCCGCUUGUCAUGCCCUUUUCGGAAAGAAGGGCUAUCGUCGCCACGACAGAAGCAUACGCUUCCCCGUCGAUCUCACCACCGCCGUCUGUGGGUCGCCGGCCGCCGAACCAUGGGUCAGUCCGCCACGGCCCGGCGCAUACACCACCUUUGCUCAGCAGCGCCAUCCCACCCACCGUCCCUGCAUCGGCUGCAGCUGCGGGACCGCAGCGUCCGGUGCGUCCAGAUGCCAGCGGGACGGCCGACGGCGCCGCGGACGUCCGCUCGGCGUUGCAGCGCAUUCCCACUCGUGACCGGGAGAAGUCCACGUCGCGCCCCAGCCACGCCGCUGGCGGCGGCGCCGCUGCAGUCAAGGCCGCUGCCGCCGCUGCUGCCACCGGUAGCGGCAGCUUCAAAGGCGAUCCAACCGCGGGUGCGGCCGGCAAAAUCUCCCCCGCCAACGCCGGUGGAGUCCAAGCCCCCCCCGGCAGCGGCAAGGGCCAGGCUACCGCCGCCACCGCCGUCGCCGUGUCGUCUACCGUCGGCAGCACAAAGGGCGGUGCGAGCAAGACCUCCCAGCCGGGUGUGCAGCAGCAUCAACAGCAGCAGCAGGAGCGGCAGCUGAUUGACGUCAUGCAGAUCAAGAGCAUCCACAAGGCCGGCGUUGCGCCCGGUCUGGACCCGCCCUCCGUGUCCAUGUCGGCGGGAGCAGGCCAGGCGGGGGUGCCGGGCCGCCGUGGCCGACGCAUCGGGUCCAAUCCGACCAAGGCCGCCGCUAACGCCGCCGCCACGGCUGCGUACUUUGCGGGCCUGGAGGCUGCGAUUGCGGCCGGCACGGCGGGCGGCAAGGCGUUGCUGCCUACUGGGCUGGCACGGAAGUUGCGGGAGGCCAGGAUCACGUCGGGGCCGCAGCCCUUCCAACGUCGGAAGGAACGCCAGCCGCCGCCGUCACCAGCAGGUGUCAAGCUCGACGGCUUCAUGCUGCUAGAGGCGGCGGACGAGGAGAUGCCCGAAGCCGUGCUGGCAGCCUCCCUGGAGUCCCGGCUCAUCACGGAAGUGGAAUCGGCGGAUCUGUCGUACUUCGUGGCGCUCCGAGAUCUCGACGUGUCGGACAACAAGUUGCCGGACCUGGCCUGCCUGCUGCCCCUGCAAGCGCUGAUGCGCCUGCGGGCAGCCUCAUGCAGGCUGCGAACCCUGGGGCGCUGGCCUGGCUUCGGCAUUACAACAGACGGUGCGGCGGAGGGCAGUGUGCCUGGCAGUGAGACGCCCGUUGGGGCCGCUCCUCCGCCUGCCAAGACCCCGACCCCGGUUAGCGUGCUCAAGCGGCAACGCACGAGGACUGGGGCACCGCCAGAUCUGACGGGGGCACCUGAUGCGAUGACUGCGACACUGGAUGCAGUUGGCGGAGUCGCGAUUGGCCCUGCAGCGGCCGCGGCUGCCGCGACCGCGGCCGCGGCCACCGCUUCUUCGGCUACGGGAACUGGCGGUGGCAGUGUCAGCGGUGGCAUCGCCACCCCCACGGCCAGCUUUACUGCUGGGCAUGUCAGCUUCGCAGCAAGUCGUGCCGUGGCGGGCAGCGCACCCACUCCUGACCCCGUCGACUCAGCACUGGUGGGCAUGCAGCCUGUAGCUGGGUUGCUGCUGCCGCAACCCAUGAUCCCGAACCCCUUCCGCUUGCUUGAAGUCUUAGACCUGAGCUACAACCACCUGCAAGCACACAUGGUGCUAUUGCCGGGGUCGCCGCUGGCCCUACUGCCAAGGCUGGCUGAACUAGACCUGUCAGCCAACCGCUUUAGGACGCUGCCGUCACCGUCGGAAAUCCUGAUGGCCGCGGCAGUGAUGGUGACGGGUGACGGUGCGUCGUCGUCGGGCGCCCCACUGGUGGCUUUCCCGGCUCUGCGGCGGUUACGGUUGUCAAGCAACGGUCUCAAGGGCCCCGCUCUGGCCUCACUUGCCGCGCUGGCGCCCCCCUGCCUGGCGUACCUGGACCUCUCCCACAACGCCAUCUCCGACUCUCCCCGCCUGCACCUGCACCUCCUGGCGCGCCCCUCCAACCGCUACCAGCUGCCGCAAGCGUCCCCGCCGCCCGGCAGCGAGCAGCAGCUGGCGGAGCUGCUGGGGGCGGUGCUGCCGCAGCUGGCGGUGGUGGACUUGACGUACAACCGAGUGGCGGCGGAGGCGGCGGUGGGGGCGGUGCUGCAGCUGCCGGGGCUGCAGCGACUGCUGCUGGCGGGGAACCCGCUGGCCACCACCGCCCAGCGCACGCACGUCCGCCCCGGCGACUCCGCAACCUCUGGCGCCGCCUUCUCCCCCAAGAUUGACUUUGGCGCGCCGGAUGCUGCGCCGGCGCGCCCCACCGUGGCCGGCUCCCUGACGGCCCGCUUCGCACGCAUUGCGGAGGAGCCGCCCAAGCAGCAAGCCUCCACACUGGCUGCUGCGGCGGCGGCGGCCAUCACUGCUGCGGCGGCUCCGGAGCGUGUUACGGAGGCCUUUGACCGAAUGGACGCUACCAUUGAGCAGUGGCGGCUUAACACGGUCAUGGAGGAAGACGAGGAGGAGGAGGACGAAGACUAUGGCGACGAGGGCGGCGAGGACCGCACCUUCCUCACCGGCAUCGGCAUCCAGGAGCGCCGCCGCCGCGGCGGCCGCCCCGACAGCGCCACCGACCCUGGCGAGGACGGGCUGGAGACCGUGGUGGAGGACGCGGAGCAGGAAGCCGAGCUGGACGACAACAGCAGCCACCGUGGUUCCGGAGCCCGCGUGGAGGCGUCUGACGACCGGCCGCUGUGGGAGUCCAUCACGGAUCCCACCGAGCGCCUGGCGGUGGCCCUGGGGCUUGAUCCGCUGGUGUUGCCCAUGCACACGGGCGCGCUGACCAGCGACUCGGCGGGCGCCAUUUCGGCGCUGCGGUUCGCGCUGGCGCACCCGCUGGUGGAGGCGGACGAUGGACUGGCGCCGCACCCGCGGUACGCGACCACCACCACAGCGGCGCAGCUGAAGCGCAAGCCGCGGCGGCCUAUGGCGGCGCAGCGGCUGGCGCCGAUGGCAGCGGCGGCGACGGCGGCAGCGACGGCGGUGGCAGUGAAUGCCGCUGCUGGCGGCGUUGCUGGCGGCAGCCCGCGCGCUGCGAAGAUUCAGACGGUGGAAACGAUGCUUGAGGGCAUGAAGGGCAAGCUGGCGGCGCUUGAAGCUAGCCUUGCGGCGCACCUUGCAUCAGCUCCGGCGCCAGCGCCAGCGGAGGCGGUGCAAAAAUCGGUUGCAUCGCGGAAAGGGCGGUACAGCGGGCGGCGGGCGGCGGGGAGCGACACGGAUAGUGAGGACGCUGGCGAUGAUAGCGGCAGCACCGGCAGCGGGCUGCCGGAUGAUGUGAUCGAUCAGAUUGAGCGUGAGAGUGAGAGCGACAUGGAGACGGAGGGUACGGUGGACGAAGUGGCGGAGCCAUUGGAUCCCAUGCAGGGUAUCGUGCUUUUGGCCGAGCAAAUUGUUCAGGACGAACAAACGGUUGGUAGCGCCACCACUAGCACGGCAGGGAACCUAGCCCAGAAUGCGUCGCAGUCGCCCACAAUUGGUCUAGUAUCGUCCCAGGCUAGCCGCUCCGUGAUGGGGGUUCCGAUAACGCCGCAGUCCCACCAGCCGUCACCGACCCGUGGGUCCGGGUCCCCACAGCGGGUUGGUGCGAGCGCUGGGGGUGCGGGUGUACGCAAGGGUGCCAAUACAGCCCAAGUGCCAGUGACUCCUGUGGCUGUGCCUAAUGGGGCCGCGUCGGCGCUGGGAUACGCGUUGUAGUGGCUGUUCUUGUUCACGUAUACACUAGUGACGCAAUGAGCAUAGUUUGGCUUGCGGAGGUUGCUUGCCAUAUGAACUAGUUGGGUUGCACUAUGUUAGGUGCCUCGAAAAGCUACACCUCGGCACGUGUUUACAAUGCGCAACCAAGGGUGCCACCCUUGCUGGGGGAGACCCCAUAGCCUCUAGAUGUUGCGAGUUGUCAGGGUGCUUCUAAGCGCUGGAAAAGAUGUGCACGCGUGCGGUGGCUCUAGCGGGAUAGUACAGCAUUGAGGAGAAUCUGCACAGGUAGCGGACCUUCAAUUGCAAAGCAAGAAGGGAUGCUUUAGGCUGUGGGUUAGGCUAACGACACCCAGAAGGAGCCGGGUUCUACACCCUCAUAGUAAUCAUGUCUGUUCCAACUUGAUGUCAGAAAAUGAGCAGACGGUCGAGCUGCCAAGCCUCACGCAGGGUACAGGUUCGAUGGAGUGCGAAAGAGAUUCCCCACAAGUGAAAAACGGC